AUGAAGAAGAACUUUCCUUCUCACCCCAGUAUGAGGGUUCAUCAUUCCCAUGUACAGCAGGUCUUCCGAGGUGGGGCACUAGAGAGUGCAGAGUCCCUCGGUCCUAGAAGAACUAUUCUUACCCAGGUGAAAGCGAUGAGGAUCUCUCUAUUGGGAUCAAAUUUUAUGAUGUUCUCUACUUAUCUUGUUUCUUGGUAUGCAGGUGUUCCUGAUCUGGACUCACUUGAAUUGAUGAGGGUGGAACUAAUGACCCAAGCUGAGCCUAUGUCUUUUUUUGAGCUCAUGACACUAGACAAUCUGUUCUUAUUUAGUGCUGCAGCGGCUGAACAAGACUUUCCUUUUUUUCCUGAACCCGACUCUUUUUCUUCAGAGUCUGAUAAAAGUGAAGACAUUGGAGUUCCUUCGAAGAGGCGUAAGAGGGAUGGUUCUUCCUCCCCUACCUCCGAUUCUGGCCUGGGGGAAGUUCUAUUCUCCAUUACUGGGCAAAAGCUGAUGGAUCUUCUGUCAUCAGUUGAGAAGGAAAGGGAUGAGCUGAAAGAGGAGAACCUUCGUCUGAAGGAGGGGUCACUGAGUUGGAGAGACGACUAG